UCAUAUUAUAAUAACAAUUGUUAUUCAUAUAUAACAAAUAAAUAUACCAGCACCAAUGAUUGUUUAAAAUUCUGUAGAACUUCAAACAAUAAUAACAAAAUCAACAAACUCUAACAAUCAUUGUGUUUUGAAAUUUGUGCAUUUUAAGUGUGAUUUUAUUUUGGCAGUGAUAAAGUUUAUAAAAACCUUCAUCGAAUUUUAUAAAUCUAGUGUUAUGUUUGUUUAAAUAAAGAAAAUUUUAAAUAAAUCAAAUGGCUUUUAAGUAUGAUGGGAAUAUUUCAAAAACUUUAUUAAGUGCAACAGCUAGUAAUAGCGACGAAACACCAGCGGAGUUUAUUGGAAAAGCUACUGAUGCAAGACAUCAUCAUUCACAUACAAAUACAUCAAUUUUAGGAAAUGUGUUCUUUGUUGCAAUACAAUUGUUGUUUUAUUUGGAAAUAGGUGAUGCAAGUGCCCCUGUUCCCUAUCGAAAAUUAGGUGGAAUUUCAUUAGAAUGCGGCGGUGUAUUUUUAACUGUAUCCUCAUUAUGGCGAACACCAUCCAACGGACGUGGUAUUCGUGAUAGUGAAUUAGAGAUGAAUUGGGAAAUGGCAUGUGAUGAAACACCUGAAUGGGGUGUACCCAAUUGGGUAGGAUUAUUCGCUAAAGAUCCCACACUUAAUGUAAAUCAAACACCCAUAAUACGAAUAGAAAUCAAAGAUCAUCCAUGGGGUUUCUUUAAAACGAAUGUUACUUAUAGUAAACAAUAUUUUCCAAAUGGAUGGAGUAAAGGAACAGCCAUUACUACAGGCGAUGAUGUUGAUGACUAUGUACCGCCAAAUGUUUCAGAUGUAAGCACGGGGCCUCAUUGUAUGCCACAUUGGAUUGCGUCAUUCAAAGAUAAUACGUUAAUUAAAGCAAAUUGUUUGAAGAUUCAACCAACAUGGAUGCAAGAUCAUAGAUCACAAUUAGGAUGGUUACCAUUAAAAUCAUUAUUUAUACCUGGUACCCAUAAUUCUGGUUGUUUUUAUAAAGGUUCACAAUUAAAUCGUCGUGAUACAUUCCAACGAUACAUAUUAACACAAGAUCGUGAUAUAUGGAGUCAACUAGUACAUGGUAUACGUUAUUUAGAUUUUCGUGUUGGUUAUUAUUCGAGUUCAUCCAGCUCAACAAAUGAUUCUACAAAUAAUUCCGCUGACAGCAGUAUCUAUUCCUCAUACAAGUUAGUGUUAAAUAAUAUGUAUAAAUAUAUUAAGAAGAUGUAUUCGCAUGUGCUCAAUCUUUUUGUAUCGGGUAAAUCAACAAAAUAUGAGGAAUUAUGGAUAAAUCAUGAUUUAGUUCGUGUUACACCAUUACUUCCAUUAAUCCGUGAUAUUCGUCGAUUUUUAGAAAUUUCAAAAGAGGAAAUUGUUAUUUUAGAUUUUCAUCGUUUCCCAGUUGGUUUUCAGGGUAGACCUCAACGACAUCAGAUAUUAUUAGAUAUGAUUCAAAAAGAAUUAGGACAUUUAAUUAUACCACCAAUUAAAAGUGGGCCAUUAGGUCCUAAAUUAAAUGAUAUUUGGGCUACUGGUCAACAAUUAAUCAUAUGCUAUGGCGAUAAUGAUAUAGUUCAAGAAAAUUCAUGGUUAUGGAGUCCUUUACAUCAAUUUUGGGGUAAUCAGCAAACACCAAUGGGCUUAAAAACAUACUUACAAAAUGUAAUGAUAAAUCCACCACGUAACGAGAAAAAUCCAAUGUGGGCUGCUAUGGCACAAUUAACACCAACAACCAUUGAUGUAAUGUUUAAGCCGUCGGGAAGUUUACGUCAUAUGGCCGAUUCGAUAAAUCGUAAUUUAACAACAUGGGUUCGGACUAAAUGGUGGCGAUUGGCUAAUAUUGUUGCAACAGAUUUCUUUUUAGGAAAUAAUAUUAUCGAUUUAGCAAUUAACUCAAAUGUAUAUAAAGUAAAAUUUCCUUAAAACGAAAAGUAUUAUUUGAAUUUUAAUUAAUGAUUUUAAAAAUUCCUUCUUUUCAUUGAUAAAUUAUUUUGCAAUUUUGCAGGGUAUUAAUCGUAAUGUAACUUUGUGAUGUUGAAUAAAUAAAUAUUUAAGCGAUCAA